CCGCAGCGCAUGGACAAGGCGCCACGGACUUAAAAAGGGGGUGCGACGUUUGAGUGCGGCAAAUUUUGGAGGCUUCCCAAAUUGAAGAGGCUGUCGAUCGGUGCGUGUUCGGGAUGGCCGGAUCGUGGGACUCGGAUACGAAACUGGAGGCCAAGAUGGUCUGGAACCCGUAUGAGACCACGCCGCGCUCGGUGCAGGCGCUGGAGCUGAAGCUGGGCUCCCUGGUUCUACUCCUGUUGGUGACCCUGCUGUGUGCGUUCAUCCCGCUUUGGCUGUUCCGGAGGCCGGGGUCUGCCCUCAACAGUGGAAGCUUUGCCCCUCAACGGAAAACCCUCAGCCUGGUGAGUUGUUUUGCCGGCGGCAUUUUCCUGGGGACCUGUCUUCUCGACCUGCUUCCUAGUUAUCUAGCCAGCAUUAACGAAGCCUUGGACGAUUUGCAAGUCACGCUCCGUUUCCCUUUGCAAGAAUUCAUCAUGGCGAUGGGCUUCUUCAUCGUUCUGGUGUUGGAACAGAUCGUGCUGGCUUAUAAGGAUCCGUCGGGAUCUCUGGAAGAGACUGAAGCUCUCUUGAACUCCGCUUCCCAUCAGCAUCCGUCCCUGCAGCAGGACCAGAGUUGGCCGGAGGGAUCUCAGCGGCCCCUGGCUCGCGACCGCCUGGCCGGCGAGCGCACCCACGUCCACGUGGACUUCAACGCCCACUCGGCCAUCCGCUUGGUGGUGCUUUUCCUGGCGCUCUCGCUCCACUCCGUCUUCGAAGGGCUGGCCGUGGGGCUGCAGGAGGACGGCGCCCAAGCGUUGGAGAUCUGCCUGGGGCUCCUGAUCCACAAAGGCGCCAUCGCCUUCAGCCUGAGUCUCAAGCUCUUGCAAGGGCGGCUGCGUCCCCGGGCCGUGGCGAUCUGCCUGGUUAUCUUCUCGGCCAUGACCCCGUUUGGCAUCGGGCUGGGGGUGUCUCUGACUGAAGUCCCCAUGGCGGCUCUGUCCCGCCUCUCCCGCAGCGUCCUGGAAGGCUUAGCCACGGGAACCUUCAUCUACGUCACCUUCCUGGAGAUUCUGCCUCACGAACUCGCCUCUUCGGAGCAGCGUAUCCUGAAGGUCAUCGUUCUCCUGCUCGGAUUCGCCCUGGUCACCAGCAUUUUGUUCGUGAAGAUCUGAGCCGGGGCGGCAGGCGCGGGGCAGGUGGAGAAAAACCAGCCAGCUCCCGGACACAACUCUGUGGGAAGCGUCCUACCGAUUCCUCCUUACGGGAGUUUCCCGAAUAUUUUUCCUCGGUUCCCCCAUUUUCCGUUUGCCAAAAACUUUGGCUCCCAUCGUUCUUGCCUUCUCCCUCUUAACGGGGGCUACCAAACCCCCCACCUCUUGAAAAACUGAACUCCGUUGAUAGCCAAGCCACCC